AUGACCGCCAUCGUCGACGAAUACCUCGAAGGCUCACUUGAUACCGACGAUGUCUUCCCCUGCAGGGGCUGCGGAGAGAUUCUGGAAGAAGGCAAGGCUUUCGAGUUGGGUACGUUUCUGCCCAAACCCGCGUCUCUAGACUGCACCGCGCUCGCGCCUGUAUCAUUUGUCAAUGUUAACACAUCUCCAGCUGGCCAACGAUGGCACCUCGAUUGUUUCCGCUGCCAUACCUGCGGUACCCUCCUCGACUCCGAUGCCAACCUCCUCCUCCUAGGUGACGGCUCCCUCGUCUGCAACAACUGUACAUAUACAUGCAAUGCCUGCAACAGCAAGAUUGAGGAUCUCGCCAUCUUGACUGGGGAUCAGGCCUUUUGCUCCACCUGCUUCCGUUGCCGAAACUGCAAACGCAAAAUCGAAAACCUGCGCUAUGCACGCACCUCACAAGGCAUCUUUUGCAUGGGAUGCCAUGAGACCAUCAUGGCACGUCGCCGAAAACGCUCUAAAGCUGCCGCUGCCGCGAAAGCCAGGGACAAGGACGACGGCUCCAUGAUAACGGAAAAGUCCUUGCCUGCUCUGCCCCCGGAGCUUGCCCCCACCGAACCAGAUGCUGACUCUGACAACACUGCAACUACUUCUCCGCGACCCCAGGCUACCGCCCCUCGCCUUAGCAACAACUCGAGAGCUGCUCCCAUCCCCGCCAGGUCACCCGAGCGCCCUUCAGUCGACAAUGUCAGUGCCAACAAGGAAACCCUGACUCUGCCUUCCAGCACAUACAGGAGAAACCGAAAUUCUGCUAUCCUUCCCACCGGCCAUGGCAGUAACCAAAACGAUCCAGAUGGUUUCUAUAUUUCCGUCGCUCUUGAUCCCACCCCCAACGGCUCCGCAAAGGCCUCUCCGGCUCCGGACCACAGCACCGAUGUCUCAUCUCGAAACACCAAGGCUUCUGCUGAGAGACGCACCGAAGCUUCUGCCUCCCCUCACAUCGCCUUCCAGGAGAAGGGUCGUCAACCUUCGGCGGAUCAUAUAUCACAAGCCAUGGCCCCUUCACGGAGGCUCUCCAAGACCGACAAGGAUCGGAACAAAACUUCCAAGGCCUCCUCGGAUGUCGAUGCUUCUGACACACCUCGCAGCAAGCGCCUCCAGGCCUCGAGAACAAACAGCUCCCAGUCUACCGAUAUCAAGCAGCCAAUCCCCCCGCCGCGACCCCGUAUCUCCCAGGAGGCCCGGUCACCCGAUGACGAUGCAACUACACUUUCGCACGACAGCAACUCCAAGUCUUCACGGUCGGGUCCUGGCAUGGCCAUUGCCCGCAAGGAGCUGCCCCCGUCUGCCAACAGAACUCUUGGCCCUGCGCCAAAUGUGACCGAGAAACCUUCUCCUAAUGAAAGCUACAUGCAGCCGCGAACUGCACCCGCACCACCGGGCUCUAGGAGCUCCGCGAGUGCCAAAGAUGAUGGUCAGUCUCCCAAAGUGUCGCCAAAACUACCCAGAUGGAGCAGCGGUGCCGAUUUCACGCUGGAUGAGGACAUGGCUAGAAUCCUUGGAACCGAUGAAGGUUCAUCCUCGAUCUUGCGCCGGGUUUCUAACGCGGUCCGACACGGUCGUACAGGCAGCAUCGAGUCCAGUCAAACCCCGAGACAGAGCCACGCCCGAAGCAUAAGCGAGACGACGCGAUCGACUGUUUCGCCCCGUUGGUCGAGACCCCAACAUUCCGAAGAUUCGCAUGGCCACGAGAUCGGCAGCCCCAUCCCCACGAACAAGGGCGAGGACUCGGCACUGCUCAAGCGUCAGCUGCGACAUUCGGAGCUCCGCGUUGCCGAGCUCGAGCGACAAUUCAGCACCGAAAAAGAUUUGCAGACGCUCGACAAGAAGCUUGUUGAAAAGCGCAAGACUGUCUCCGUCCUCGACACCCAGGCCGAAAUCAUGAUACGUCAACUCGAGGUGCUUGCCGGGUUUGUAGAAAAGGCCAAAGAAACCAAGGCUCCGAUUGAUGUCCAGGAGCUUGAGGACUCUGCCAUGAAGGAGUUUGUCAAGAAGCUAGAGCGGGUCAAGGUGACCAUGUCGUCUGAGAUUGCCUCGUUGCAUGAGCGCCGCGACAAGCUGCUUGAAGAGAAGACGCAAGCCACGGCCGACCGUGACCGAGCCUUGAUGGAAUUCGAGCAGCUUUCCUCCAAGAAUGCCCAGCUCGCCGACAUGAAUAACGAGAUGACGCACCAGCUGCAGGAACGCUUCAAGUCGCAACUCGGGGACCCGCGUUCGUCGUCCAACGGCCUGGGCAUUUACAGCCAACGCGGUGCUGCCAGCUCCAAUGUCAACCUAGACGCUGCAAGCAUGACUACUGGUGCUACGCUUGUACACAAUGACGAAGAGCACAUCGUCGAGUCUGGCCCGACUGUGGUACAGGUACGCAAGGGCCAAGUGAAGAAAUUCAACUGGAAAAAGGGCUCCAAAACAAUGGCUCAGAACGUGGCCAAGGGUGUCAACCGCGCCGUUGUUGCCUUUCAGCAAAACGAGCGAGACCGCCCAGGUCAAAUGGGCGGACAACCUGGCGGCUUGACCGCUGAUAGCAUAGGCCUUCCGUACAAUAUGACAGUCACGCAAGCAGAUCUGACUCCGACUGCUGGUGCUGGUGCUGGUGUUGGUGCCGGUGCUGGGCUUGGCGGCCCGAACGCCGCCAACAAGCAGCAGGCCUUUGGCUUCUUUGGCAAGAAGAAUACCAUGCCGAAGUCUAUGUCUGCGAACAUGACAUCAACGCCUCUCGCAGCCGAGCCUCCGUCAACCCUUUUCGGGUCAGAGUUGUCGGAGCGUACAGAGUAUGAACACCGACAAAUACCCAGCGUCGUCAGUCGUUGCAUUGAAGAAGUCGAGUUGCGCGGCAUGGAUCAGGAGGGUAUCUACCGCAAGACCGGUGGCAACUCUCAGGUCAACCAGAUCAAAGACGGCUUUGAGAAGAGCGAACACUUUGAUAUUUCCGAUCCGGAUCUCGAUAUCACCGCGGUGACGAGUGUCCUGAAGCAAUACUUCCGCAAGCUGCCCAUGCCACUAUUGACAUUUGAUGUAUAUGACCGUGUCUUGGAGUCGAAUGCGAUAUCGGAAGAAGUAGAGCGUUGUGCGCAGCUGCGCAGAACAUUCUACUCGAUGCCCCAGAGCCACCGCGAUUGUCUCGAGUUUCUCAUGUUUCAUCUGCAGCGCGUUGCCCAGCGGGAGCCUGAAAAUCUCAUGUCGCCCAAGAACCUGGCGGUCGUCUUUGCGCCGACAAUCAUGCGCGACAUGAGCAUUGAGCGAGAAAUGACGGACAUGCACGCCAAGAAUAUUGCUGUGCAGUUCGUUAUUGAGAAUAGUCACAUCAUCUUUGAAGAUGCUUGA